GGCACAGAACACAGGGGUAAACACACGGAUAGAGUGAGACGAAGAGGAACGAGAGGAGAAAGAGGAAGAGCAGGACGUUAGGGCAUGUACCCAGACCGCUUUCGCCAGUGCGCAGCGUACAGCGAAGGGUUACAAGCGAAACGAAUUCAACUGUUUAUAAUCUGCGUUUAAACAGUCGAUCCUCUCAGUGAGGCCGUCCUUUGCGGAUCCGACUGAAUAUACAGGUUUAAUUAGCCAUGCAAACAACUGCUCAAUGUUUAUCCCAGCUGAUCCUCUCAGUGAGGCCGGACUUUGCGCCUCCAGCUGGUUUAAACGCAAAAGUUGAACAGAUGUUUAGCUGCACGCUGCCAAGCUGCUGGGAGGAUGUGGAGAGGAGAGAAAAGAGGUUACCUCGCAUGCGACAUCACUUACAGUUUAGCGCCUGGCCCGCGAGCGCGAACAUCUUGUCUACCUGUUUAGCGGCGGUCGCGGGCGCGUGAGCGCACUUGCAAGGCUUUCGCAAAUCAUAACUGUCACUGUAACGGCGCGGGCUGGAAAGCUGCAGUCCUACAGAAAAGCACUCGGACAGAGGAGGCACAAUGGCCAACCCAGAGGCAAAACGCGCAUAGAGUAUGUGAGCCACUGGCAGAGUAGCAGCUCAUGGCAGCAGCCUCGCAGUGCACCGUGCACCGCUAAGGUUGCACUUAGAAGGAAGGACGGGGCUGAGAGAAGACAUGGAACAGGAGGAACCCAGAAGCCUCCAUGUAGGCUCGACUGCCCGAGGCGCGAGCCUGGCACUGCAGCCGCUCCCGAUGGAGCACAGGCCCAAGAAGAUACGAAUGCAAAGCUAGGUAACUAUGGCUGCGGUGGCAGCCUGGUGCUCGAUAGAGCAGCAGCUAAAUUCAUAGUGCUCCGGAAGCCUCGGAAAAAUGGGACGCUGCACAAAGCGAAAUCACUUGUCACUGCAGGCGCAACAAAGAUCCGAGCACAGAGCAAGCUUCUCAAACGUAGAGGCGAAAACUAAAUGACCAUGCUGCGAAGGAGUGAUGCUGCAGCAUUUGCAGCCACCGUGCAGAGGAAGGGGGAUGUUAGAACUUGGAGGGGUACAGGAGAGAGGAGGAAGGAGCAUACGAAGCAACAGGAGGCAGCAGUGGGGGGCCAGAAGACGAGAAGAGGCCGGCCGACGCUGGGUAUGGGUGGCAAGAACUUGCCAAUCCUGGAGCACCCGCGCCCAGUGCAAGUGAAACAAAUAUUGCGCGGACGAGCUCCGUAUCGCAUCGAGUCCUACCCCUGGGCCUGUCUAAGCAACGCACUGCUGCUUAGCACUUUGGCGCUCUAAGUGGGCGCAGCCCUUCAUGGAGCAAACUCCCGCCACUCCCCUGGUUCAGACAUACAAGUUGCCGCCCCGGCUGCCCCAGGCCGCCCGCAGCGCCGCCGCUCCGUCCCUGUCGAUGCUGUUGCUGGACAGGCUCAGCUCCUGCAGGCCGGGCAGGGAGGGCAGCGCCCCCGCCAGGGCCCGCGCGCCCCCGUCG